GAUUGGCGGAGUUUAGAGCUACCAACAAUACCCGCAUCGCGCUGUCGGUAGCUGUCGAAUUCUCGACACACCACAUUCGUACGUUUGAGGUUAUGAGGUUAUCGAAAUCAAGCAGACAAGUAGGUAGACUAAUCAGAAAUAAUUGUGGCAAUCUUUUUUUUCGCACGCGUGCUUAAAAAUCUUCCAUGCGUCGCAAAUCGAUAUUUUUCUUUCUCCGUAGAGACGCCAAACGGGUAACACUCUCGCCUAGUGUCGAGUGCAGAAGGUGCGGAUCGAAGGUGCGGAACGAUCGGGAGAACCUGUGAUUGGUUCGCUCCUCUGACCCUUUUGAAAAUCGCAAUUUGGCGCCUCGACGAGAGAUUUCAGUAAUGGAACGCGUCGCGACGGAUGCGGAUCCGCAUCCGGAUCGUCCUGCCCGUCCUGCGUCGCACGCCGUUGCCGACGAUCCGAGCCGUCCGAGGACGAGUCCCGUACACGAGAUACCAUCGUCCCACGCACCGGGGAUGCUCGACGUCGCCCAUGCUGGCGCUCAAUCGUCGUUGCACGCCGAUCCGGCGAACCGCUUCCAUGUCGUGCUCGUCCGACGAACUCCUCGCCGAGGAUUUGGCCGGCGUCUGCUCGCCGAGAUGAGGCAAACCGGAGUGCGAUUGUCGCGAGUCAAGAUGGACAUGGAAUCCCUCUACGACUACGACGAGGAACAGGACUUCUACGAAGAAAGUCCUGGAACCAGAAAGAGCGGCUAUCCCAUCGACCAUAGAUCCAUAAAAGUAAAUCAAUUAAAGCGCGACAUUCGAAGCAUGGGUAGCUUCUUGGGGCCCAACGCCUGCAUCACCGAUGGCAGCGGUAUGUUGACGGUGAUGGCGAAGUUGCUGAAGCAAGAGAUGACCUCCGACGCCGAGGAAGAAGGUUUGGUGCCGGCUCUGUCUGGCAGAGUCACCUCGAUGCGGAAGGUGCCGUCCCUGUCGGACCUCUCUGAUCCGGAAAGCUCCUUAGAUAUACCGGCGCAAGUGCCGCCGUUAACACCUGGGACCAACAAGAAGAUGACCGAGGCUCUGGAGGCCUCCUUCGCGUCUUGGGAAAAGGAGCGACUCCGCCUGAAUAUAACUAAAGACCCGAGGCAAUGGUCGGAAGCAGCUGUUGCUCAUUGGUUGCACUGGGCUAUCAGGGAAUUCUCGCUGGAGGGUGUGGCGAUGCAGCCGUGGCAGCACAUGACCGGGAAACAGAUUUGUGCCAUGGGGAAGGAAUCCUUUCUAGCACGUGCCCCCGCCUUCAUGGGCGACAUCCUGUGGGAGCAUCUCGAGAUCCUGCAGAAAGAUGUCGACGCAGCGAAGGCCUCUCUGGAGAACGUGCCGGCGAACUUGUAUGAAAGCGUAUGCGUGCCAGAUUUAGGUGAUUUUUUGGGAUACCAGGGUGGCGGCCAUCAGGUGGCAACACCAGAACAUAAAAACCCGUCGACGCCCGCCAAUUCGGCCACCUCCAACUCCUCCGGUCCUCCUCAGAGCGGUACGCAACAACAACCCCCGAUACAACCCUCUUCGGGCGCGGUGUCCCUGCCAUCGAGACAGUAUCAUAACGAUGGCGGCUAUAAUCACCUUCGCAGUCCCGUGUGCCAAGACGAAAGUCAAAGAGACGAAACGUCGCCUCCACCCCACAGCCAUAGCACCCAACCACCGACCUCUCACUCUAGUACCCCUAACAGUAAUAACAACAAUAACAACAACAAUAAUGCCAACAACGCGUACAUCCAUCUACGGAAUUUAAAUCAGCUCAAAACGGAAUCGAACUACAGCAAUCACCACAUAGCCGAGCAUCUUCAAGGCGGUGGCGGCGCUCUGGGCAGCGGGAGCGAGCUCGCGGGUGCAGGUAGCAACGAGAGUGACUUGAGAGUCAGCGCGACCGCCACGGAGAGUUACAUGACGCCGGCUCAUUAUUCGGGAUAUGACGAGGCGUCCGAAUAUCACAGCUUAUCACAAGAUCACCAGGCGCCGCAUACGUACAACUUGGACAGCUCGUCGGACUUCUACGGCGCCAGCGGGAUCCACAUCGAGCCCAAGUACCAGCCGUCACCGUUCAAGAACUAUCCUCGAGGACGCUACCACGAGGGUUACAGCGAGAGCGGCGGAUACGGGCAGUACGAUGCAACGUCGUUCCAAACGGUUCCCGGUAGCGGGAGCGGUGCUGGAGGCGGCGGCGUCGGCGGUGACCAAUGGGGUGUCGGGCUUGGGGAUCAUCUGCCUCAUCAUCCCGCGUUUCUUGCGGGACUCGGACCGCGUGACUCCUCCAAUCCACAUCAUCCCACAUCUAUCGCCAAUAAUGCGGACCAAAAGCCGUUACUGCAGAGCUCGAUGCUCACCGGUUAUCCAGGCGGCGGCCCACCAUGCUUCACUGGAUCAGGUCCGAUUCAGCUGUGGCAAUUUCUGUUGGAGCUCUUAACUGACAAAGCAUGUCAGAGUUUCAUCUCGUGGACCGGCGACGGCUGGGAAUUCAAGCUGACCGAUCCGGACGAGGUUGCACGCCGUUGGGGUAUUCGCAAGAACAAGCCCAAGAUGAACUACGAGAAGCUGAGCCGAGGCUUGCGCUAUUACUACGACAAGAACAUCAUACACAAAACUGCUGGCAAGCGAUACGUAUAUCGCUUUGUAUGCGACUUACAAAGUCUACUAGGAUACAGUCCUGACGAGAUACAUGCAAUGGUAGACUUGAAGCCCGAGAAGAAGGAAGAAGACUGAGUUUUUUGUUAAUGAACACGUGCUUUAGGACUGUACCACACAGAUAAACGAAAAUGUAAUAAACAAAUUCUUUGCAUUGAACGUGCAAGAACAGAGGAAAAUGUGUAAGGAGGAAGUAUCCAUACGAUGAAAUCGCUAUGAAAUAAGUAUAUUCAGAUGCAGAAGACUGUGAUAGUCCGUCUUCUUUAUUCAGAUAUGAACAAAAAAUUGAAUCGGUCGUAUGUACCAAAGACAGGGUCUGCAUACCAUUGGUGCCUAAAGUUGAAUAAAUCACGAAUUUGUUUCUAAGUGAUUGAUUUAUCACAGCAGAUUUUAGAGGAUAUUUAUAGGAAUAACUCGUCAAUUUAUACAUAUUAUAUAUAAAUAAAUAUAUAUAUUUUUAAUGUUACAUGAUUUUACAACGCUAUACUAGCGUCAAGAUACUUGGUGAUGCCGCUAAAUUAUUUAUGUCUCAUCAUUUUAAUAUGUGUGUUAUAUCUCGUUGCUAGAUGACUCGAUAUGUGAUUGUUAUUACAAUAAUUUUACAAUAAACUCAUUACAAUAUGCUAUAUAGCGAGCUUCUCGAUUCGAUACUUUCAUGCUUUCUUUUUGUAUAUGUAUAGAUUUUAAUUUAGAAAUUAAAUUUAAACUAUACUCUUCUUCCAAGCUCGCUUCUCUAAAAGAAGAAAACACGUAUUUUAUAUUAUUUCUUAAUUAUUGAAUAUCUAGUAUGCUCGCGAUAUAUUAAAUAUAUUUAAUAUGUCCAAUUGUAAUAAGAAACUCUCUGUUACUGAUGUAAUAUGAAGAAAAAACGUAAAUUGAGAAAAGCUUGUUGAUGAAAAGAGUAUGCUGUUAAUUUUAUAGAAUUUUCCGUAAAAAUAAUAUUUACGAUUAAACUCUCUCUUCGCUUUUGUUCGUUA